AUGACAGUUGCAGCGCCUCCCGUGGCACCAGUGCACGAGAAUGGGAUCAACGGCGGACUCGGUCAUCAUGUUAAUACUAUGAGCCUCCCACGUUUCCACCCAAUCGCAAUGAAUCCGGGCCAAGCAAUUCCCCCGGAGCAUUUGAUGCACGGUCACCACCAAUUUCGUCCUUUUCCACCACCACCGCCUCCUCCUAUGCAGGAACCAGGCCCGCCAGCUCCGGUUUCCGCUCCAGCACCGCCCGCUCAUCAUCCGCAUAUUGACCAGAUUGAAGCUCGCCUGAGACAAUUGGAGCAUGAAGAAGCGGCUCGUAUGGCGGCUCGUAGCCAUCUUCUCGCCAUGCGCAAGCGAGAGGACGAGGACUUUCGUAGGUUGACUGAGAAUGCCGAAGCAGAAGAAGAGGAACUGCGUAGGCAACGAAAGCGCCUGAAAAGAGAAUCCAUGGGCCUCGGGUAUAACGCUGGGAUGGACUCUCCGCCGCUUCGACCAACGCCGCCUCGUCGGUUAUCGGAGACCAAUGCAGCCACUACCCUUGCAUUUUUCAAGCAACAAAGCCCCCCGGAGCCUCGUCCCAUCCCUCCACCGCCGACACAAGCACCUGCACCCCACGUUCCUCCACCUCCACCUGCACCUCAGCACAUUCACCAUGAUCCCACCGGCGCUACCUCGAUCAGACGAAAGCAGAAGUAUACUAUUAAGAAUGUCGAAGCCUGGGGAGAGCGACAUGGGCGCCCCGCCGCGCAUGAUCCCUCUGGCAGGGCUCUCUGGAAGCGUCCCUCAGACGGUAGUCUGGUGUAUUUGACUUGCCCGGUAUCCGGCUGUGGGAAGGCCGAUUUUGUGACUCUCCAUGGAUUCAUGUGCCAUUUGACGAAGAAACACAAGGACCGCAGCCUGGGCAGUCAAUCCCGGGCAUUGGAAGUAUGCGGGCUGGUUUAUGACCCCAACGCCCCUCUUCCUCCAGUGGCAAAUGUCAACCGCGCGUCCACGGAAGAGAGCCGGCUUGAGUCCGGCCCCACAGACCAUGAAGGAUACCAGCAAGACAUUGAGUAUUCUUCUGCGUCGGAUGAGGAGGAAAGCCAUGAUAUCCCAGUGAAGACCGAGUCCACAGAUAGGACGUUGCCUGCACCUCCAGUAAUGAUGAUGCCCCCGGUUCCAGAUCAACACCAGUUACAAGCCCGCCUCAACGGCUCGACGAAACAAUCCAUCUCAUCCAUCAUCGACCGCGACCCAGAGAGCAACCCCCGCGAGCAGCGGUUAGAUACGAAUCCCCCUCGUCCGAUGGAGAUUCCCAUGCAAACCUCCCCGGACCAUAAACGCCCCUUCAAGGACGAGGCCGAGUUUCCUCGUCCACGUGAGCAUGAGAAAGAGAACACUGACCCCAAAGAAACGGCCGAUACACAGUAA